ACUUUUAAAAGGUAUAUUAUAAGAAUAGGUACUACUUGGUCUGCUGCUUCGAUUACGCAAACAAAAUGCGAGCGCUGGUGGUAUUGUGCAUAAUAUUACAAGGAGUUUUGGGGAAAAGAGGUUUUGGUCCAACGGAUCAAGAAUGGGGCUUUUCUGAAGUAAGACCUGGCGCUAAUCUGUUUUGGUGGCUUCAUUAUACCACCGCAGACGUUCCUACGCCAACAGAUAGACCUCUUAUAAUAUGGCUACAGGGAGGCCCAGGAGGUUCUUCAACUGGUUAUGGUAACUUUGAGGAGUUAGGUCCAUUAGAUUCAAAUUUAAAUCCUAGGAAUACUACUUGGGUACAAUGGGCUAACGUUCUGUUUGUCGAUAAUCCUGUUGGAACUGGAUUUGGCUAUGUAACCAGUAAUGACUUGUACACCAAAAAUAAUACUCAAAUUGCAACAGAUUUUUUGCAAUUUAUGAAAGAUUUUUACACACAGUUGCCCAAAUUCAAGACCGUACCCUUGUACAUAUUUUGCGAGUCAUAUGGUGGAAAAAUGGCAGCAGAAAUAGCACUCGUGUUAUACAAAGCCAUACAAAAAGGUGAAGUAGAAUCAAACUUAAAAGGCGUUGCACUUGGUGAUUCCUGGAUUUCGCCUUUAGAUGCUAUGCUUUCCUACGGACCAUAUCUAUUCAACUUGGGUUUUAUCGACCGUGCUGGAUAUAACGCAAUAAUGGACGAAGCUACACAAAUAAAGAAAGCCAUAGACGAAGGCGACUAUGGUGAAGCGUUUGGUCUGUGGUAUGCUAUGCAAUCUUUAGUGAUGACUGAAACAGAUGGAAUUGAUUUUUAUAACGUCUUUAGAGGACGUGUAUCUAAUAAACUGAGAAGUUUGCCCAAGCAAAAAAUAGGUGCACCAAGAGCUACAGACGACCUCUCCACUAUUAUGAAUUCUAAAGUAGCUCCUGCAUUGAAUAUUACAAAACAGUGGGUUGACCAAAGUAACGAAGUAUUUGACUCUUUAGGAAACGACUUUAUGAGACCCGUGACGCAUAUAGUAGAAGAACUUCUUAAUACUACAGACCUAGUUGUUGCUGUAUACAACGGGCAAUUGGAUUUAAUUGUGGAUACACCUGGAACUUACAAUUGGGUUGAAAAUAUUGCGUUUAAAGGCAAAGAUGAGUGGGAGCAUGCAGAAAGAAUUGAGAUAUAUAACGAAAUAGACUAUAUUCAACAAGGUUAUUAUAAGAGAUCAAAGAAAUUUGCCUUUUAUUGGGCAAACCUAGCGGGUCAUAUGGUUCCAUCAGACAAUCCUACUGCUAUGGAGUUUAUUUUAAGGGAUGUAACAGAUAAUUUCAAAGCAUAAUUGUUUUCAAAAAAAUAUAAUAUUUUGUAUAUUGUAAAUAAAGAGUUAUACUUAUGUUUGACU